AUGGAUUCUCAGUGGGAGGGAUCAAUUCCUGACCAUCCUUAUCUUCCUAGUGUUUCUAAAUCUGUUUAUAUAUUGGGCUGUAAGUAUGACUCUUUAGAUGAUAGGGAGGAAAUUGCACGUCACCUAAAGUCUCGACUAUGGAUGACUUACCGAAAGGGUUUCUCCCCAAUUGGCAGUCGAAAUGGUCCUAAAUCAGAUGCUGGAUGGGGUUGUAUGCAUCGCUGCGGACAAAUGAUUCUUGCUGAAGCCAUGUUAAGAUUUCACCUCGGACGAACGUGGAAAUGGAGUCCUGAACAAGAAAGCCCGGAAUAUUAUCGUCUUCUACAAAUGUUUCAAGAUCGACGGUCUGCGCUUUAUUCCAUUCAAACUAUUACCCUCACAGGUGUAUCACUUGGUAAAUCUAUUGGAAGUUGGUUUGGUCCAAAUACUGUUGCACAAGUGCUCAAAAAACUAUCUGUCUAUGACCGCUGGACAAAUUUAUUUAUUCAUAUUUCUGUAGAGGAUGGGAUCAUCAUUGAUGAAAUCAAAUCUUUAUGCUGCCAAAAUCGACCUUAUUUCAAUUUCUCAAAUAAUGCUAGUGAAAAUGAUAAUCAAUCCGAAUCGAUGAAACCUUGUGCUGAUGAAAGUAAAGAUGAUCCCGCAGAAGAAUCGGACUCAUCAACAUCUUCAUACAGUUGUCCAUUUGCUCAAUCUGUUAUCGAUGCAAAUCAAAGUUGUGAUUGGAACAAUGAAGCCCUUAGUAUGCGUAAUUAUGAUUCCGAAAUCAUUGAUUUACGAUCUCAACUUCAAUUACCUGUUACCAGAGAAGUGGAUGAUAGUUGUAUAGAAAUAGUUUUACCUCCAACUUUCACUAGUUCAAUACUUACUAAUACUCAAUCAAAUGAGUCAAAUGUAUUAUCUACAUCCACUGUAAUUAAUUCACAUCAUUCUUCAUCAAUUUUUGACGAUAACAAGAUUUCCAUUCCUGUUGAUGAUAAUACUCAUAAAGAUUGUCAAGGAAACCAACUUCCUAUGGAUCAAACGAAUCAAUACAAUGAUAAUCAAACUAAUAGCACUACUAUUGCCUCUCCUGUCGUUGCUUCUGUACAUGUUAAAUCUUCAUCCUCCUCAACAAAUUCACCUUCAUCAAAUUGGAGACCAUUAUUGCUAUUUGUUCCUCUUCGACUUGGAUUACAUAAUCCUAAUCCGUGUUAUUUCAAUGCAAUCAAAGCUGUAUUUCGUUUGCCAAAUUGUGUCGGAAUAUUAGGCGGUUCACCAUGUCAUGCUGUCUGGAUUGUAGGUGUUACUGAUGAUGAUGUAAUCUGUUUAGAUCCGCAUACUACUCAACCCGCUGGUCGCGGUAAUUUAAAACCAGAUUAUGAUCAAACAUAUCAUUGUGAUAAUCCUAUACGUAUCCCGCUUAAACGAUUAGAUCCAAGCAUGGUAUUAGGUUUUUUAUGCUCAACUGAAAAAGAAUUUGAUGAUUUAUGUCAUAAUUUAAAAGAAGAAGUUCUACAUCCCUCAGUGGCUAAUUCAUGGCCUCUAGUAGAAAUUCAUACAACAAGACCGUCUAACCUACCACCACUUCCUUCAUCCAGUAUUCCAAAUGAUCUAUUAAUUUCUGUAUAUCCUUCAGAUCAGGAUAAUCUUGGUUGUGGUGUUGAUGAGAAUGCAGAUAAUUCAAUUCACAAUGCUAAUAAUAAAGAUGAUGAACAUGAAGGUAAACUAAGUGAAGCAAUGGGUGCAGUAAAAGCUUUAUGGUCUAAAUGUAAUCAAGUAGCUGGCGAUACUGUUCGUAGUUUAGCAAAUGUACCACAACGAUUUGUAAAAAGUCCUGAAUAUGAAGUUAGUUAG